AUGUCGCACCACGAGAACAACAACCUAUCCGAGAAGGAUCUCAAGCGCGACUUGGAGAAUGACCAGACUUUAAACAACACUCCUUCCAUCGCUGGAGCACAGGUUCACGAUGAUGUCUUUGGUGAUAUCACUGAUGAAGGUCCCAACUACCGAGCUGUCGGAUGGAUUGGUACUGUCGCUCUUAUGAUGAAGACCCAGAUCGGCCUGGGUGUUCUGUCCAUCCCAGCUGUCUUUGACGUCCUCGGAAUCGCUCCUGGUAUCAUCUGCCUGAUCGUUAUCGCCGCCAUCACAACUUGGUCCGACUACAUGGUUGGUGUCUUUAAGCGCAACCAUCCCCAAGUGUACGGUAUCGAUGACGCUGGAUACCUCAUCUUUGGUCGCAUUGGACGCGAGAUCUUUGGCAUUGCCUUUUGCCUGUACUGGAUCUUCGUUGCAGGUUCUGGUAUGCUCGGUCUUUCCAUCGGCCUCAACGCGGUCUCUCUCCACGGUACCUGUACAGCAGUCUUCGUCGCUGUCGCAGCCAUCUGUGGUUUCCUCCUCGCCAGUGUCCGUACCCUUGGCCGCAUCAGCAUGCUCGCUUGGGUCGGUCUCAUCUGCAUCAUGACCGCCAUCUUCACCGUCACCAUCGCAGUCGGUAUCCAGGAUAAACCUGCCGAUGCGCCCCAGGAUACCGAGUGGAAAUCCGACUGGAAGGUUGUAGGCAACCCGUCCUUCACUCAGGCCAUCUCAUCCAUCUCGUCGCUCAUCUUCGCCUACGCUGGUACACCCGGUUUCUUCUCCAUCGCUGCUGAGAUGAAGAACCCCGCGCACUACACCCGAUCUCUGAUUGUGUGCCAGGCUGGUGUGACUAUUACUUAUCUUGUCAUCGGUAUCGUUGUGUACUUGUACUGUGGAUCAUACGUCGCUUCUCCCGCUCUCGGUUCAGCUGGUCACUUGAUCAAGCGCAUCGCCUACGGUAUCUCUCUGCCUGGUCUUCUGGCCACAACCGUCCUCGUCAUUCACUUCGCCGCCAAGUACGUCUUUGUUCGUCUCCUCCGCGGAACCAAGCAUCUCGCUUCCAACAGCGCUGUCCACUGGGGAACAUGGAUUGCCUGCACUCUCACCACCACCGUCAUCGCUUAUCUGAUCGCUUCCGGCAUUCCCGUCUUUGGUGGCCUUGUGUCUCUUGUUGGUGCCCUUUUGGGUACGCUGAUGUCGUUCCAGCUCUACGGUUGCAUGUGGCUGUACGAUAACUGGGCCAAGGGCAAGCGUGACCCCAAUGUCAAGUGGUACCUCAUGGUUGCUUUCAGCAUCUUUGUCAUUGUUUCUGGUACUUUUUUGAUGAUUAGUGGUACUUACGGAUCCAUCGUUGGUAUCAUUGACUCUUACAAGACUGAUGGCGGUUCCUCCGCUUUCUCUUGUGCCGACAACUCCAAUUCCACUUAA